CCCUGAUUGGAUGACAUGGCCUAGAUAGAGUGUGUCACUUUCUAAUUUUAGAGAUAGAGAUUACACCAUAUAGGCGGUUGCCGGUGCAAUUUUCCAGCAGUAGAACGAAUGUAGGAAGAGAAACAGGACAUAGCCAUUAACCAGUAAUCCCGGCCGAGUCCGGCGUACAAGUCGAGCGACAGCGAGCUCCGAAGGAGAAGACAGCUAAGCAAAAAGAGGUUGCGAUCCGUAUCCAAAAGGUACGACGCACAUUCGACAAAAUCCGUCAAUUACGGACUGAAACUUCUGAAUCAAAUAACGAAAUAUGUACGAAGGCGACAGUGGACUCAUCGCUCAGGACUAUGGCGAGGGCGCAAUCGUCCCCCGAUCCUUGGACGAGCUGGUUGAAUGGCUGGACCUACCCGGCACAGAGUGUGGACUUGGGUAUGGAACCGACAUCAACCACGACAUCCAACAUUUCACUACGAUUGGACCAGAAAGUAAAUGGCCUAUUUGACAACGAAUAUGCUGGCAUCAUGGAUGACUUUGCCGGCAACAAAAUGGACUCUAUCUUGGAUAAAGAAUUUCUGAUAUCAGAAAAGAGUAAUUUGGGAAUGGAGGGGGGUGAAGUGGAGGACUUCCUAGAAGCUAUGGGUUCCACAUUCCCAGGAGAUGACUUUCUCAACAGUUUUAUGGACCUUUCAAACUUCACUGAUGUGCAGGAAAAUGAAGACAAGCCAGAGUUGGCUCUCACUAAACCAGUUAUAAAUUUUGCUGAACCAGAGCCAAGUCCGGUUGUCGAGUUUACUGCUCAAAAGUUGGAGGAGGAAAUGGUUGUUCCGGAGACUGAGAAAGUCAUCACGGUGGAAUGUGGCAAAAAACGUAAACGUACCAUGACAGAAGAGGAAGAGGGCCUUGCGGCUGCAGGUCUCGAUCAUGAUUAUAUCACCAAAAAACCUCGGAUGUCUACGGUAACUAUUGACCAGUUUGAUGAAAUGGAUGAAGAUAAGGCCACUUCUCCAGAUAAGAAAUAUGUCGAGAGACGCGUUAAAAACAACAUUGCCUCCAAAAGAUCACGUUACAUCCGUAAAAUGAAGUUUGUAGAAAUGGAAAGCGAGGCAGAAAGGCUUGUGCAAGAAAACCAGAAGAUGCGGCUGAAAAUUGAACAACUAGAGCAGCUGGCUAAAGAUAUGAAAGCAGCCUUGAUUAACAAACUGGCUGAGAAAAAGUAAUUUGGGAAAAAAAUCAUCUUGAGUAUUCAGUAACUAAUUUAAUGAAAUCAAUGGUUUUACUAUUUAUGUGUUAAGGACUGUAACAUACAUGUAGCAGUAAAUGAAUGUACAACUAUUAAAAAAAAAUGAAAAAAAAAAUUAAAGUUGAUUUCCAAAAAAAGCAAGAAAAAAGUGAAGACAAAAAAUUGUUCAUCACAUUUAUAAUACCAUGUAUGUCAUAUUCAGUUUAUGAUACAUGUAUGGGACUGUAACAUAGAUGUAAAUGAAUGUACAUCUUUUUUUAAAAAAUGAAAAAAAAAAAUUAAAGGUAUUUCCAAAAAAGUGAAGACAAAAAAUUGUUCAUAACAUUUAUAAUAAUAUGUAUGUCAUAUUCAGUUCAUGAUACAUGUACAUAUAUUGAGCAGAAAUUUGUUUGUUGUAUCAGUAUAUAAGAUAUAUUUGUUAUUGAUUUAGAGAAUAAUACACAAAUUGAAGUUGUCAUAUUGUUGUGCAGCAAGUGUGAGGUUUAAUAUUUUUCAUUUCUUAACAUAACAUGAAUAUUUUGUAACAUAUAGCAAAUUUUGUAUUUUUCUAUGCAUUUUUGCAAAUGGUCAUCAAUAAUUAAUUUUGUUUGUAGGCCUACAUUUUUAAUACAAUUGUUGGACAAUUUUAUUUGAUAGCAAGUUAUGUGGAGAAAAUAUGUUAAAGAAAUCCACUAACAGUCAUUUAUUUGUACAUGUUAUUUUAAUUUUAUAAUUACUGUAUGAAGAUAUAUCUGCAUUGGAUAUAUUUACUGACCUGUCUCAUUUAUGUGAUAAAUGCAUAUGACUAUUUAUUAUUAAAAAAACAUCAAGUCAAA